AUGGCCACCGUGCCGGAACCGUCGCCGUGUUCGGUGUGCCGGCGGCCGGCGGGCCACAGGUGCGGCAAGUGCGGCCGGGCGUCGUACUGCGGCAGACCGCACCAGUUGGCCGACUGGCCCACGCACAAGGCCGAGUGCCGGCGGCCGCCGUACGAGCUCCGCGAGUGCCCGACGCUUGGCCGGCACUGGGUGGCGCGAGACCGCGUGCCGGCCGGCCGAGUGUUACUCGAGGAGAAACCGCUGGCCUGCGGACCCAAACCCGCCUCGCCGCCCGUGUGCCUGGCGUGCCACGCGAGACUCCGGUCGGCGGCCCACAAGUGCCGGGGGUGCGGUUGGCCCGCGUGCGACGCCGGCAAUUCGUGCGGGCCACACCAUUCCGCGGCGGAAUGUCGGCUGAUCGCCGGCCACAGCCCGUUUGGUGACAACGAGUCGUUCGAAAGUUGCGCAUCCCAUUCGGCAUACUGCUUCGUGUUACCGCUUCGGUGUCUGCUGUUGGAAGGCGACAACCGGCGGGCGUUUCGCGGCCUACAGUCGCACUUGAAUGAACGACUGGACACCGCUUUAUACAGAAUCUACCGGGUCAAUCUUGUACAGUUUGUUUUGGACCGGUUGGGCAUGAGAGCGUCGGGGCUCGACGACGUCGACGUGUUGGAGGCGGCCGCCGUUUUGGACACCAACUCGUUCGAAGUGCGUUGCGGUGGUGGCGCCAAAAUCCGAGCCGUCUACGCACAAGCUUCGAUGAUGGCCCACCACUGCAGGCCCAACACCAAGCACGUAUUCGUCGACGGUGGACGUUGGGCCAUCCGCGUGUUGGCCACCGUCGCCAUCGGCGAGGGACAACCGGUGACGGCGACGUACACGCAAUCGUUGUGGCGCACCCGGGAAAGACGGAAACACCUAAAGGCGGCCAAGUGUUUCGAUUGCGCGUGUGACCGGUGCACCGACCCGACGGAAUUCGGCACCCAUUUGGGAUCGGCUGUGUGCUCGGACUGCGGCGGGUACGUUGCGCCCGACCGAGUGGAGUGCAGCGGAGGUUGUGGCACUGAGCACGACCGAGUGGCGUACGAACUCAAAGUGGCCGAAGCGGAACGUCGGGUUCGUAGCUUCGACCGAACAGAUCUGCAGGCGUUCGAAGAUUUCUUAGAGCGUCAAGUAUACGGACCGACGCGUUUGUUUCAUUGCAAUCACUUUGUCGCCGUCAGUGUUAAGUACGCUUUGACUCAGUUGUACAAUGACCGCAUUUUGGAUUUGUCGUCGAAGCAGCUGGACAACAACGUUAAAAUCUGCAAAGAGCUGUUGACUUUGGCUGACGUCUUGGAUCCGGGACUUACGAGGUUUCGAGGGCUUUUGCUGUACUACAUUCAACAGUCGCUGGGCCGGCGGUUAACAAUGAAGCCUAAACGGGACGAUUGCAGAGCGCUGAUUAAAAAGUGUCGCCAAGAAGCCAAAAGCAUAUUGAUUACCGAACCUGACUUGGCGCAUUUAGUGGACUUAUUGCCGAUAACGAUUAAAACCGUAUAGGUACUAGUAUAAAUAUGAAGUCCGGCAAAUCCGUAAAGUAUAGUGCGAUCGCCUUAGACUACCUGCUUGAUUGGUUUGUCCAUUUCAA